AUCCUGCAGCUCGUGGAAAAAUCCUGAUGGAAAAAAAUCUCGCGGGAGCAACGGGGGGAGGCGCUGGUAGCUUUCCAAGGCCAGGACGUAAUCUGAAGGCCUGGCUGCAGGACCAAUACUGUGACGAUUCUUCCGAGCAGUGCCAGGACACACAAUUACACAACGCAGCCUGCGUCGGGGACAUCGAUACGCUGAAGACAUUGUUACAGGACGAGAGGUUUCUGCGAUGUAUAGAUAAGCGAGCAGUGUGGUGCAGUGGUUGGCUUCCAUGCUCCCCUUUGCGGAUAGCAGCCACAGCUGGCCAUGCUGACUGCGUGGAUCUUCUUAUCCGCUUUGGGGCACAGCUGGAGCUCGUGGAUGUGAAAGGACAAACACCUCUGUAUGUGGCUACAGAAAACGGACAUCUGGACUGUGUGCAAGUCCUACUGAAAGCCGGAGCUGAUCCAAAUGGCAGUCCGCAUAAUCGAAGCUCCCCAGUGUACCAUGCUGCACGUGUAGGCCAUGCCGAUAUACUACAGGAACUGAUUCGGCAUGGUGCGGAUGUUGACGUCGACCACCAACUUUCCUUCCGCAGCUCUGGCUGCUCCCCUCGACCUCUGACCUCGCUGGCCUCCAGUCCGUUGUACAUUAGUGCGGCAUAUCACAAUUUAUCCUGCUUCCGCCUCCUCCUCCUAGCCGGUGCCAAUCCCGAUUAUAACAGUUGGGGCGCAGUGUGUGAGGAGAGUUUCUCAAGGUCCUCUCCGUCUUGUCUGUUAGAGGCAGUCUUGCGUCAUGGCUGUGACCAACAAUUUGUGCAGCUUCUAAUUGACUUUGGAGCAAAUGUAAAUUUGAUGCGUGUUGACCCGGGGACAGAAGUGCCGACCAGAAUGAAUGUGAACCCCAGGGCUCUGCAACUCUACAGAGAAGCAAAACGUAGUCCGCAGACACUAUCCAGUCUAUGCCGUAUCACUGUGAGAAGAGCACUUGGAAAACACAGACUAUCCAUGGCGUGCCACCUACCACUUCCCCCCAGCGUCCUUCGCUUUCUCGCGUACGAAGAGUCCGGAUUAUUCUGUGCACGGCGUGAGAAUCUCAAAAACAUCUUGUGAGUGGGAAUUUGCUUGUGGCGCACGUCGCGGGAUGCAUGCUUCCUUUGCUGCAGGAGGAUUUCUCGCUUUCUAUAAGUGGGGUUUUUAAACUCAUGGUAAGAAACAUACAGAGUCACUUGGGCUAUUAAUGAAUAUAAUGGAGUAGAUGGAAUGUCAUCAGUUUAAGGCAAAAGGGCCCGAUAUUCAUAAGUAACUUUAUGCUCCAGUAUAACUAGGCGCUCAAUGGGAAAAGGAUCUAGCAAUAUAUUGCUAUAUUUAGGAAAGACUGACCAGUGCCCACACUUCAUAGAUUUAGCUUUCAGAUAGUCCACAUGAAGAUGUGACUCCUCUGUCAUGCUCUAUUACAAAAUGUUAAUGCCAUGUUACUACUUAUAGCUAAAAACUGUUGCUGAUUUUUAUUUAAUGCAGUUAUGUGAACCCCCUCUAGCCACAGUGUAAAGCUUUGUUCUGCCUGCAGAUAUGUUUAAAUAUCUUCUGAUUAUGACAAUUCAGGCUAUCCCAGCUGACUAAAUCUAAGCUCUUCACUCAUACCAUUUUGUCAGGUAUUUUGCCGUUACCGUCUUUAAUCACUAUGCACUAAAUAAAGAUCAUAAAAGCACUUAUGAUAUACUAUAGCUCAGACUUUUAUCGUAUUCCAUUUAGGAUAUACUGUAGCUAUGCAUAACCUGGCACAUUAGCCAACGUAUUUGUGGCAUCUUGAAUGAUUGAAUGAGCAUUAGAUACGGGUUUAUUGCAUGCAAGAAAAGCCUGGACAAGAUCCGCUUUAACUACAGUGGCUGUAGGCAGAGAUCUAUUCACAAAAGAGGGGUUUGUUGGAAAGAUGUAGUUUGAGCGCCCUCGCUUCACUGCUUUAUGGCUUUAUGGCUGGCAUGCCAAAAAGCCAAAAUCUCACUGGAUCGGAGUAUUUGAUCCCACGUAUUACCAAAGUGGGAAAUACAUGUUAAAAUAUAAAAAGAUAAAGACGUCUGAAGUACAGUUCUGUAUUAAAAUCUAUCCUGUUGCUGUGAUGUGAUGGCACUUCACAGUGCAUUAAGCAUGUCAAAGGAAACCGCUCAUUUUACAGACUAUUUAGGGGAGGGGUGCGAUUUAAAUAAAAUGUUGUAAACUGGCAAUAAGCACUAAAGAAACAUAAUGUAUUGCUGUUUUACUGAAAUUCAUAUCUACAUGACAAACGUCUCGGUCUGUAUUAAUAAAAUAGUGCAUCUGUCGGUGA